GGGCCCCACGGAUGUGGGGAAGUCCACUCUGUGCCGGCUCCUGCUGAACUACGCGGUGCGUGUGGGCCGGCGCCCCACGCUGGUGGAGCUGGACGUGGGGCAGGGCAGCAUCUCCCUGCCCGGCACUGUGGGGGCGCUGUGCAUAGAGAGGCCCGCCGACGUGGAGGAGGGGUACAGCGUGCAGGCGCCCCUCGUUUACCACUUCGGAUCAACCAGCCCUGGAACCAACAUCAAACUGUACAACAAGAUCACGUCCCGUCUGGCGGCCGUGUUUAACCAGCGCUGCGAGGUGAACCGGCGCGCCUGCUCCAGCGGCUGUGUGAUCAACCCCUGCGGCUGGGUGAAGGGCCGGGGGUACCAGGCGCUCGUCCACGCAGCCUCCGCCUUCGAGGUGGACGCGGUCAUCGUGCUGGACCAGGAGAGGCUCUACAACGAGCUGCAGAGAGACCUGCCCUACUUCGUCAAGACGGUGCUGCUGCCCAAAUCAGGGGGAGUGGUGGAGCGCUCGAAGGAUUACCGGCGCGAGUCCCGGGAUGAGAAGGUGCGUGAAUACUUCUACGGGUUCCGGGGGGGUUUCUACCCCCACGCCUUCGACGUGCGCUUCUCCGACGUGCGCAUCUACAAGAUCGGGGCCCCCACCAUCCCCGACUCCUGCCUGCCGCUCGGCAUGUCCCAGGAGGACAACCAGCUCAAGCUGGUGCCCGUGACCCCCGGCCGCGACCUCGUGCACCACCUCCUGAGCGUCAGCACGGCCGAGGGGGGCGCGGGGGACCCCGUGAUCGAGAGCAGCGUGGCGGGCUUCGUCGUGGUGACCGCCGUGGACCCGGAGAGGCAGGUCCUCACCGUGCUGUCCCCCGCGCCCAGGCCGCUGCCCAAGAACAUCCUGCUCAUCAUGGACAUUCGCUUCAUGGACCUCAAGUAGAGACGGGACGGGGAAACCGCAGCCAUGUUGGAUCUGGUGUGGUGGGGGAGUGUGUGGGAGAGGAUAGGGAGGGUUGAGCCAAGAUGGCUGCCACUGGGACUCAGUUUCACAGCGUUCCUCUGCUUUUUAGUCAAGGUUAAGUGAAAAUGGUCAGGUGUCGCAUCAGAGAGAAUGGGGAGAAACUGCAGCCAUUUUGGAUCUAGUAGGGAGUGGUGAGUGUGGGAGAGGAUAGGGAGGUUUGAGCCAAGAUGGCUGCCACUGGGACCCAGUUUUACAGCAUUUUUAGUUUAGUGAAAGGGGCAGGUUUCUACCAUGUUGGAUCUGGUGUGGUGGGGGAGUGUGUGGGAGAGGAGAGGGAGGUUUGAGCCAAGAUGGCUGCCACUGGGACCCAGUUUCACAGCGUUUUUGGUUUAGUGAAAGGGGCAGGUUUCUGCCAUUUUGGAUCUGGUGUGGUGGGGGAGUGUGUGGGAAAGGAGAGGGAGGUUUGAGCCAAGAUGGCUGCCACUGGGACCCAGCUUCACAGCGUUUUUAGUUUAGUGAAAGUCAAGU